CUGUAAAUACAAUAUUUUUGGUUAUGGAAAAUAUAUUUAAUAGCGGUUCAGAUGGUACAAUGAUUCUUUACACUAUACUUGCUUGUUUUGUCACAAACAGAAAUUUGGCGAACUCUUAUAAUUUUUGCAACCAGGAGCCAUUUCUGCAUAGUGGAACCUAUAAGGUCUUAAGAGUACUUUAUGAUCAGAAUUACUUUCCAUAUUACCUGUGGGAUUUAUUUAGUGGGAAGAUAACAUUAGCAAUUUUUAUAUUGUUUGGAAUGAUUUGACUCUAUUUUAUCCUGAAGAAGGCACAGUGAUGCUGAAAGGUUUGUGUUUUUUUUUUUUACCCAUAUGGAGUGUGCGACCCUUUGUUUUUAUACCCUAUUUUCUUCUAACAGGAAAUCCAGAUGGCAGCCAUUUUAUUAAAAUAUCAGUCCUGGUUGAUUGACAGGCUUCCCAGACUGCCUUCAAUCUUUAAAAUAGUCCUUAAGGUAGAAAGUAUUAGUGUACCAAGUUUGAUACUUGUAUUAUAAAAUUGUACAACCAUUGAAUGUGUCCACUGGACGAUAUUGCGUGGCAGCAGAAAGAUGACCACCAAACCAAACUGUCACCCUCAACAGGCAGAAGAAUAAGGUUUCAAUAAUUAAAUGUUUAAAAAACAAUAGUGUAGUAUGCAGCUUUCUGAAGAAGCAACAUCAUGGGUAUUUGUGUGCGUGCGGGCACGCGCGCUUAUCUAUCACUUUGUGUUGUCAGUUGGAGACAAGCUACUGAUGUUACUGCUAGUGUCUUAUAAGUAGAUAGAAAGGCUUUCCCACUAAUAUUCUCAAUUAAAUGUUAACUACAAAGUAUGCCUACCUGGCAGAAUGAUAUCAUGAUUAUUAUUUGUUUCAAUUGGGAGGGGAUUUGUUUUGCAAACUGCCAUCGCAGUAGCCUACAGAAACAUCGCUCGCAUUCCGCCAGUGUCAAAACGCAACCAGGACUCUUCAGCCUUGUCACUGAAAGAUAGCCACACUUGUCUCAUGAGAGGAAGAAUGCAUUAUUUUUUAGAAGUGAGACCUUUAGUGUGAUGUAGAUAGCCUAAAUGUGAUGCUAAUAAAAUGGGUAUUGAUCAGUAAAAUGUACAUCAGCACUCAGCAGUGCCACAGUACACAUAUACCUGUGCAAAAUCCUCUCACGCCCUCUCACAAACUCCCUUAAAUUCAAAUAAUGUAUUGCUCUGCUGUAUGUGUCAAUAGGGCAUUUAUUAAGGUAAUAAUUUCAAAUGAAUUAUUAAUAACAAACAUAGCACUUGAUAAGUUUCCUGUUAUUAACCUGGACUCGGUCUUGUGGUGGUAUCUAUCAUCUGUCAUUGUUGCUGGAGCAGGAAGUGGAACUCUUGACACGUAGUUUAUUAUUAUAUGUAGUGGUUGCACUGCAUAGCCCAUAGACACAGCCCAAGAGAAGUAUUGUCUUUGUGAAAGUCAGACAUGGAAGCGAGAAUACAUUUACCCAGCACCACUUCCUCCUCUCAGCCAGCACCAGAUCAUGUAACUGUUUCAUACCUGUCAAAGGACCAUCACUUUGGUUUGCCUUUUGUUCUGCCGUCGGUCUGAGCAGAACAUAUUGGACGAACAUUUGGUUUGGCAGUGGAUCAGUAUGUGUGGAAGAUGUGCAUUCAGGCUUUCUCUGCUUCUGCUGGUGUGGUGUGUGUGCACAGCCUUAGAAGAGAUUCAAGUGAAAACAUUGGAAACAGGAGCAGAUUUGAGCACUCCUGCCUGUCCAAACCAAACCAUUCAUAACAUGACGUAUGUAAUAUGUAAGAUAGAUAGAGGGAAAAGUGGUGGGAGUGAGUGUCAAGUGUCUCUUCGGUUUGGCCAAAAUGGUACAGACAGCACUUGUGACCCCAGAGUCACACUACAGAUAAAGAGUGGCGGAGUAUUGCUACACAUCACCAACAUACAACCAUCUGAUGAAGGGAACUACACCUGUGAGUGUGUAUUUAAUGGAGGAACAGAUAUUUUGCAUCUCAAUAUUUCUGUCAAUGGAUCCCAUGUCACAAACAUCCUUUCUUUCCAACGUCCUUUCAAUGUCAUGAUAAUAACCGCCUUUGCAGGAUUUGUAGCCGUCGUGGUCCUUGUUGGAAUAAUCAGGAGGAAAUGUAAUGUCAAGUCUUCUGUUCUUUUACACAGCAGGAGAACACAGCAGAAAGCGGUGUACACCUUUAAGGAGGUGGAGCAACAGGACAUUGAGCCCUACAGCACGUUCACAAGGAGAGACAAUGGGCUUUACUCAACUCUGCAGCUGCCACCUAACCCCUGACCUCUGGCACCAUUGACAACAGGGAAUUAGACACCUUUUUCUAUCACUAGGGGUUAAAUACUAUUUCACCAGCCCUGGAUAUACAACUGUACAGUAUGUCCAUUUACUGUAUAUAUUGAUUACUGUAAUGCCCCUAUUUUUACAGCUGAUACGCCGACUUAAUAUAAUUGUAUUGAUUGGUUACUGACACCUGGCUGAAUAGGUCCUGUACUGUAGAUCGUCUUCUGUUGCUGUAAAUAUCAGCACUUACUGUAUGAAUCAUGCACAUUAUGUUACGUAGAACCAAUGUUCCUGUGGACAGAUGUGAUCAUGUGCAUUUUCUCCAGGUGUCAGUGUAUUGGAUUGGUAAAAGAUAUUCCCUGCAGCAGUAGAGAUUUACAGUCAUCAUCACAACACGCUUCGUGAUGAUGUAUUGUCCUUGCUUUCAAUGUUCCAUCUCCAUGUAUCAUGUAGGCCUACAUGAAUUACAUGUUCAGGUGAAGAGAUGUAACGACAAAACUAAAGCAUUCAUUAAAACUUCACUUCCAAACAGA